GACGGGGGAGGAGGGAGAGGUCGGGAUCAGUGAGGGAGAGUUGGGACGAUGUCGAGGUCGGGAUGGGAUGGGAGUCGGGAGGUCGGGAUGGGAGACGGGUUGGGACACAGGAGAUCGGGACGGGAGAGGAGGGAGAGGUCGGGAUNGUCGAGGUCGGGAUGGGAUGGGAGUCGGGAGGUCGGGAUGGGAGACGGGUUGGGACACAGGAGAUCGGGACGGGAGAGGAGGGAGAGGUCGGGAUCAAGGAGGGAGAGUUGGGACGGCGUCGAGGUCGGGAUGGGAUGGGAGUCGGGAGGUCGGGAUCAGGGAGUUGGGAGGUCGGGGGGGGCGAGAGAGAAGUCAGGACGGGGACGUCGAGAUGGGAGGUUGGGAUCGGGCACGAGAGCAGGUCGCGGUCGGGAGAGCAAAGGCAGAGAGGGAGAACGAAGGAUCGCGAUGGGAGACGGGAGCAGGUCGCAGUCCGGACAGCAAAGGCAGAGAGGGAGAACGGAGGUCGCGGUCGGGAUGGGAGGGACGAGGAGAUCAGGACAAGAUCGAGGUCGGGAUGGGACGGGAGUCGGGGGAGUCGGGAAGUCGGGAUGGGAGACGGGUUGGGACGCGGUCGGGGAAGCAAGGGGAGAAAGGGGGAAGUAACUCCACCUGGUCGUAUAUAACUAGCAUGCAUUCUUGCUCUCGGGACGGGGAGGUCGGGAUGGGAGGUUGGGAACGGGAGGUGAGGGAGAGGUUGGGACGAGGAGAUCGGGACGGGGGAGAAGGGAGAGGUCGGGAUCAGGGAGGGAGAGUUGGGACGAUGUCGAGGUCGGGAUGGGAUGGGAGUCGGGAGGUCGGGAUCGGAGAUGGGUUGGGUACACAGGAGAUCGGGACGGGAGAGGAGGGAGAGGUCGGGAUCAAGGAGGGAGAGUUAGGACGACGUCAAGGUCGGGAUGGGAUGGGAGUCGGGAGGUCGGGAUCAGGGCGUCGGGAGGUCGGCGGGAGAGAGAGAGAAGUCGGGACGGGGACGUCGAGAUGGGAGGUUGGGAUCGGGAGGUUGGGAUGCGAGACGCGAACAGAGGAGGGAGAGCUGGGACGCCCGUCGCGGUCAGGAGAGCAAAGGCAGAGAGGGAGAGGUCGGGACGAGGAGAUCGGGUCGGCAGAUCGCGGUCGGGAGAGCGGAGGGAGAGAGGGAGAGGUCGGGACGAGGAGAUCGGGACGGGAGAGGACGACGUCGAGGUUGGGAUGGGACGGGAGUCGGAAGGUCGGGAUAGGAGAAAGGAGGGAAACAUCGGGAUCAGGGAGUCAGGAAGUCGGGAUGGGACCGGGAGGUUGGGAUGGGAGACGUGAACAGAGGAGGGACAGGUCGCGGUCGCGAUGGGAGACGGGAGCAGGUCGCGGUUGGGAGAGCAAAGGGAGAGAAGAAGAGAUCGGGACGAGGAAAUCGAGACGGGAGAGGAGGGAGAGGUUGGAUCGGGACGAGGAGAUCAGGUCGGAAGGUCGCGGUCGGGAGAGCGAAGGGAAAGAGGGAGAGGUCGGGACGAGGAGAUCGGGACGGAAGAGGAAGGAUUGGUCGGCAUCAGGGAGGGAGAGUUGGGACGACGUCGAAGUUGGGAUAGGACGGGAGUCGGGAGGUCAAAAUACGAGAAAGGAGGGAGACCGUUCGGGACGAGGUCGGAAUGGGAGACCGUUCGGGACGAGGUCGGAAUGGGAGACAGUUCGGGACGCGGUCAGGGAAGCAAGGGAAGAGAGAGAGAAGUCGCGAAGGGGACGUUAGGACCGGGAGGCAGGUCGGGAUUAAGAAGGGAGAGCUGGGACGGCCGUUUUUUUUUUUUCAUUUAAUUUUUUUUGUCGCGGCAGGUCGCAGGAGCGA